AUGGCUCCAAAAGUCGCUCUCGAAGCAGUGGAUGCCCUCCUUAAGGAUAUAAUGCAAGUGGACGCCCCUUUUGGCGGUAAAUUAAUUGUGAUUGGGGGUGAUUUCCGACAGAUCCUGCCAGUUGUUGAACACGGUCAACGUGAAGAUAUUGUAGAAGCCUGCGUUUUGAAUUCAUUUCUGUGGCCAUUGUUUCGUGUGCACCGACUUGAGAUGAACAUGAGGGCGUGUGAAGCUGGCAGCGAUUGGCGUGAACUUUUUGGCAAUGUUCUCGACCCGUCAACCACUUCGAAUCUUUGCGAAAAUGCUGUCCUGGCCCCGAAGAAUGUGCACGUCCAGCGCCUGAAUGAGGAUGCACUGCAACGUCUUAUCGUUGAAACAGCACAGGAUGAGCGCGUUUACAAAAGCUUGGAGUAUCUCAAUUCCCUCACACCCACGGGUAUGCCUCCACAUGAGCUACAUUUGAAAAAGGGGGCAAUAGUUAUGUUACUGAGGAAUUUGGACGUGGCGAAUGGGUUGUGCAAUGGGACACGUCUUAAGGUUGAAACACUCGGACGCUUCACGCUGGGCUGCACGUUCAUCUGCGGAGAUAGGAGAGACCAAUUGGCUAUAAUUCCGAGGAUAGACAAUUACUGGGACCAGAGGACUCCCUUCAGACUUCGUCGACGACAGUUCCCUGUCCGCGUAGCUUUUGCGAUGACGAUCAACAAGGCACAGGGACAAUCAUUUAACAAGGUCGGAGUCUUUCUACCUGAGCCCGUGUUUUCCCACGGGCAGUUAUAUGUUGCGCUCUCCCGUGCGCGAACACCCCAUGGAAUUAAAGUGAAGUCUCCCUCGAACAAGCUGAAAAACAUAGUAUUCAGCGAAGUUUUGCUGUAA